ACAUUCACUACCUGACCAACAAUUACUUGGUUAAUUUCCCUCUCCUUCUUCUCCAUUAUAGUGCCAUAGCUAUAUCUUUUUUUUCUUCAUUUUCUACCAUCACUCCUAAAGUAUCUUUUAUCAUGGAUGAUCUGAUCCAGGCAAUUCAUAUUUUGUGUUUGAAUUUAAUAUACCGUUCUAUUUUAAAAGUCAGCUGUAUUUUGCUAUAAAAUCUUUUUUCUUCUCCUGUAAUUUAUUAUCGUUCAAUUGUGCGUAAUGUAUAAAUAAUGUCAACAGCAAGAAUACCCUUAAAAACAAGAAAUGAAAAUGAAAAUUUAAUACCUUCAAUAAAAAGUUCUGAGAAAAUAACACCUGAAAAAAAUAAACAAGUUGUGAAGCCCUUACAACGUUCACAGAAUACAGUAAGAAAAGGGCUUCAACCCAAUCUAAUCACGCAACAAAAACAGAUUAAAUGUGAACCACGAAAAAGAUCUACGUUUACUGUAUAUAAUGAUGACUUUCAAAUACGCCCACAACAAAGACAAAAGUCAGAGAUCAAAACAUCAAAAGCAUCUGUAUUAAAACCUAAUCUAUUUGAUGACGAUAUAUUUUCUGAAAUUGAUACACCAAUAUAUAAUUUACCUACUGAUUGUUUAAUUUCAAUAUUUAAACUUUGUCGUGGAUUUGAAAAUUAUUGUUCAUUAUUAGGUGUUUGUCGACGAUGGCGAUCAAUAGCAAGUCAACCUUUUUUGUGGAGAGAGUUAGAUUGUGAAUGGAGUGUGUUCAGUAAACAAAUAGAUCUAUUACAUCAACCACGUCGAACAUUUGUGCAAUUUGAAUAUAUCCGAACUUUAACACUUACUAACAAACAUAAAACGGUAAUUCGAGAUCCAACUAUUGACAUUGUGAAGAUACCUCCAAUAAAGCAAUUAACAGAAUUACGCUUAAUUGAUUUGGACUUGACAGAUAUUUCAUUUCUUAUAUCAUGGCAAAAAGAUAUCACGAAAUUACAUUGUGAAAAUAUACAAAUAACCGACAAUAGAAGUGUCAAUAUAGUCAUGUUUUCUGGAUUACGACAACUAGAAAGUUUAUACCUUCAUUUUGCUCGACCAAGCGCCCUCGGUCAUGCCUAUUUUACGCUAACAAGAGAUGAAAAUCGUAAAUUACUAUACAAAAGAUUAUUUCCACAAAGCCUUAGAGUGUUAUCCAUAAACAAUACGUAUGAUUAUGAAGAAACUUUAUAUAGUGCUACAACUAGAGAUUUACUUGUCAUGAGAGACAGCGAUCAGGAUGAUAUUAUUGUACGCUGGUUACAAUUAGAAGAGAAACUUGUCCAAAAAUAUCAGAUAUUUACAUCACUUCAUAGCUUAACAUCCUUAAGCCUUGGUAGAGUGAGUGCAUUUACAUCACGCGUAUGGCGACAAUGCUUAAUACCAUGCAGUACAAAACUAGAAUACCUCAAGAUGAAACAUUGGGAAGGCUUAGGUAAAAGAGAAUCUCCACAAAAAUAUUUUGAAAGAGCAAGAACGUCCAUGUUAAGACGAGGAACAAAUGAGAUGGAUGAUGUCGAGUUGGCUCUAUCUGAAUUUAUUUCUUCCUUGAAAAACAUAAAGAAAAUUGAAUUGCAUUGCUUUAGGUGUGGCCCAGGUAUUAUGAAUGGACUUAAAAGGUUAAAACAGAGAUACAGACUCGUUGUAGACAAUAAUGACGGUGGCCAUAUUGAAGAUUUUCAAGAUAAACUUUUAUUAGAUUUUAAGAUUAUAUUUCUUAAAGAUGUAUAAUAAAGAUCAAUGAACGUUAAAGUACAUGGCUUGUAGUGUAUAAAAUAAAUAAAGUGAGAAUAUC